ACUAAAUUGAAAACAGACGAAAGAAACACAUGAACAAUCACAGCUAAAUUAAUCGGACGGACCAGAAAAUGAAAUUAUGUACCGCCACCUGUCCAUUCAGUCAACGCCGUCCAACCAAACAUAAAAUAGUCAACGAAACGAAAACAUGCCCGAUGGGCAACACCUUCCGUUUCAUAUAACCAAAUCUGGGCUGCCGCGAGGAGCCAUAUGUAUGGCUCAUCCUCAUUGCCUGCGCUUCAUCGCACCCCAUCCUAACCCACCUUCCAACAAUGCCCGCCGGGCCCACACCAUGAGAGCACCUCUCCCUCUUUCCCUCAAGCUAAUCAUCCCUUCCAAUAUAAUAACCCUCAACCGCAGCCGAACACGAGCCUUGUGCUUCAGCAACUCCAUGGGCGACGAAGGCGGCGGCGCUUCGACGACGGAGACUCGGCCGGUUGAGGCGGCGGAGAAGAAGGAAGAAAUAAAACCAGGGGCGGAGAAACCGGAAAUUCCGCCGCCGCCGGAGAAGCCGGAGCCCGGCGAUUGCUGCGGCAGCGGAUGCGUCCGGUGCGUUUGGGACGUGUACUACGACGAGCUCGACGAGUAUAACAAGCUCUACAAAACUCGAUCGGUGAGGAUGGGGAGGUCGGGGUUUGUGAUCGUCACUGUGGCGGCGGUGCUGUUGUUGUUGCUGGGAAACGACGUCGUUGAGGCUUCAAAGUCAUCAUCUGCGUUUGUGCAGAACGUCAUCUACUCCAACAAGAUUGCUAUCUUCUCCAAAUCGUAUUGCCCGUAUUGCAUGCGUGCCAAGAGCAUAUUCAGUGAAUUACAUGAGCAACCUUAUGUUGUUGAACUUGAUCUUCGAGAUGAUGGGGCGCAAAUUCAGACUGUUCUUCUAGAUGUGGUUGGCCGAUCCACUGUCCCACAAGUGUUUGUGAAUGGCAAGCACAUAGGCGGUUCUGAUGAUCUCAAAGCCGCUGUUGCGAGUGGUCAACUUCAGAAGCUUCUUAGUAUAAAUUGAGAGCGAAUUGGAAAUUAACUACAAGUAGACUAGCAUCUGAUAUGAAGCUGCAUCUGAACACUUCUGGGAGCUUAAGAUUGUGAGAUGGUGGUAUCUUAUCGCUUCAUUACGUGUUGAAUUUGCUCGAAUUUUAUAGAAAAAGAACCGAGUGUAUAUUUCGACAAUCUUUUGAUGAAUCCCAAAUUUCUGUUGCUGCAGAGGUCUCAUUGAUUUGUCUUCCUUAC